CCCGCACCCCCCCUCGAGCUCCUGCUAUGUCUGCUGAUCCGGUGUGGGCGUACGGGCUGUACGACUACGAGGCGCGCGGCGAGGGCGAGCUGAGCAUUGCCUACAACCAGGUCUUCGAGGUUGUCGACCCGCUUGACGACGACCCGGACUGGGUCGUCAUCGGCCUCGACGACGGCACUACAGGCUACGUUCCGGCGUCGUACAUUGGAUACUACGACGAGCUCGACGCGUCGACCACCAGUGCCCCGGCAACGGUCGGUGACGGCGAACCAGUCGCAACUGAUGGCGCCGGCGAGGAUGCUCCCGAUGGUCAAUCUGGUGGCCCGCUCGAGGUCAAGGUCAAGGAAAGGGCGUUCAAGACCAAGCUCCGCAAGCUGUCGGAACAGGACGGUAGCGAGACGUCGAACACGGUCAAAAUCGUGUCCGCGCCCAAGGCUGCGGUCAAGCGGUUCAAGGACAUUGUGGAGGAAAAGUCGCUCGAUGUGAGCCACCUCGACAAGCGCGAGAUGCAGCGACAGGAGGCCAUCUUUGAGUUUAUUGUCACCGAAGGCAUGUACCUGGAGGACUUGCGGACUAUUGUCAACGACUACCUGGUACCGAUGCGACAGCGGGUGGACAAGGCCGAAGAGAUUGUGCCGGCCGACGCGCUGCAGACCAUGUUCUGCAACGUCGAGGAGCUCAUUCCACUCCACGAGGCGCUGUUGAAGGACUUGGAGGCGCGGCAAGAGCAGUCACCGAUUGUCGACGUCAUUGGUGACGUGUUCAUCAAGCACGCAGAGACUCUCGGCCCUGCAUACACCAAGUAUUGCAUCAACCACCCGCGGUCUGGCCUCGUCACCAAGCGGUACAACUACGACGGCUCGCGCCUGGAGACGUUUCUCAUCUAUUGCGCGUCGCAGCCCAAGACCAACGGGCUCUCAAUCGACUCAUUCCUCAUCAAGCCGGUCCAGCGCAUCUGCAAGUACCCGCUGCUCUUCCGCGAAAUCAUCCGCAAGACCGACGAGGACUCGGCCGACUUUGCCGACCUCAAUGCGUCGUCACAGGCCAUCGAGGCUGUGCUCUCGUCGAUCAACGAGGCCAAGCGCAAGGAUGAGGCGUUUCAGCAGCUGAAAGACGUCAUCGAGUCCAUCGACGGCGCCGAGAAGCACGGCCUCGUCCAACGGUUCCGCUCGAUGGUCCGCGAGGGCGAAGUUGUCGUCGUCGAAGGCUCCAAGGCCAAGGAGCGGUACGCCUUUCUCCUCACCGACCAGCUCAUUCUUGUUGCCCGCAAGUCGUUUGGCAAGAAGCAGUACCAGCUCAAGUCGCUCCUCCCUCUCGCCUCGCUGCUUGUCACCGAGAACUCUGGCGACUCGCUUGGGCGUUUCCGGCUCGUCAACAUGUCGGAGCGCUCGGAAAUGCUAUUUGGUUCGCCCGACUCGGUCGAGACCACUCGCCAGUGGUACGCCGACGUUUCGCGGCUGGUCAACGAGUGCUCGGCGCAAGGCGGGCUCAUUACCGGCCCGGUCCUCAUCAAGACCUCUGCGGCCAUUGACGACACCGAGGAUCUCGACGAGGCCGCCAAAAAGUCGCUGCGCGCCAACAAGCGCCGCUCGCUCACCAUCGGCAAGGCGCUGCCGCCGCCACCACCGGGCUCGGGCGCACCGCCGGCGCCGGCUGGCGCCGCCGCCAGCCGCCGCCGCCGCGGCUCGCUGGACGCCUCGUCGGCUCCGUUGUCCAACAACCGAUUUGCCCGCAAAAAGCCCCAGCCGCCGCCGCCGGGCCGCACCUCGCGCCCGCCUAUGUCGGUUGCUUCCUCGCGUCCGACGUCGCACAGCUCGCUCGCAAACUCACGGCCGGGCUUGUCAUCGUCGACGCCGACGCUUUCGCUCAGGAAGAAUCCGCCGCCGGCGACGCCUGCCCGGUCGCCGGUGCGCUCGCCGUCGCGCUCACCAACUGCCGGCAAGAUGCCCCCACCGCCGCCGACCUCGUCGCGCAAAUCGCUCAAGGGGGCCAUCCGCAAUCGUCCGCCGCCGCCGGCGCCGACACGCUCGGUCUCGAAAGUGGCGACCGCCAAGGCCAAGGCCGCCUCACCCUCGGGUGCGACGUCGAGUAGACCCAUGCCCGCAACGCCAGCACCUGCGCCUGCUCCGGCACCAGCACCAGCUCGCGCCCAGCGUAACUCGGCGCCAGUCUCGACCGGCAGUGGCCGAGUCUGGAACCGGACGUCAACCGUCGGCGCGAGCUCAAGACGGGAUAACCCGCCGCCGCCGAAUCCGCGACGAGCAUCCGCCAACAUUCCAAAGGCGUCGGCGAGCAAGGCCGCCAGCACGCGGGCCCGCGGCCGGCCGGUCCCGCCGCCUCCUGGCGGCGCCAGCACAAGCCCCAGCGGUUCUGCCGCUGCACCUGCCUCGACCAGGGCUUCCGGCAAGUCUGCGCCGCCCUGGUCGCAGUCGCGGCCCAAUCCUGCGCCUCCAACGACGGCCUCAUCCAGCUCGACAUCGCCGAGUGCCUCUUCUGGGACCGGCAAUCCGCGGGUCCACAAGUGGCAGUCGUCCAAGACCAAGACAACAACACCAGCCGCCUCGUCGGCUCGAUCGACAGCAGGCAAGGCGCCGCAGAAAAAGUCGGUCCUUGACCGGUGGCCGCCGGCUAACAACUAGGUGUGUUAAUACACGCGCAGAACAGGCAUAGA